UUUUGCCCCCUAUGUAGCGCACUUCAUAUUUAAAGUGGAGCCGUUUAGGACGCGUCCAAAUAUGUGUGUGUGUCCGGUCCUGGCUUCUCUUUCCUCAGCAUCCUCGUCAUCAUCAUCAUCAUCAUCAUGACGGUGAUGCUGAGCGGCUCCUCGGUGCUGGCGAUGGCGUGUGUGGAUGCUGCCUGAGCGCCUGGAGAGGAGGAGAGGAGGAAAGGAGGAGAGGUGGAGAGGAGAGAAGAAAGACGGGACAGAAAUCUUGCUCGGUAUCGGUGUCGGUUUUAUGCGCGUGCGUGCGUCGCUCCGGUGGAAUGAGAAGCUGCUGCAACCAUGAUGGAAGGACUGAAGAAGCGAACCCGAAAGGCGUUCGGGUUACGCAAGAAAGAGAAGGACACUGACUCCACGGGAUCACCAGAGAAAGGCAGAUCAAAAAAAGCCAACGGUGCUCCUAACGGGUUCUACGGCGAGAUAGACUGGGAUCGAUAUAAUUCCCCUGAUGUGGAUGAUGAGGGCUACAGCAUCAGACCCGGAGAACAAGGAGGAACGCCUGCCAAAGCCAAAAUGUUCUUCUCCUCCAGUGAGUCAGAGGGUGAGGAUGAGCCAGGGAAGAAGUUUAAGAUCAAGAUCAAGCCCCUGGCACCAGAUAACGGCACUGUGUCCACAGUGGAUGAGCUGAAGGCCUCCGUGGGCACACUGGCCAUCUCGACCUCGCCUUUGAUGAAAAGUCCGAGGCGCAGCCCGUGUCCACUGAAACGAACUAUCUCAAGUGAGGAGAUCGCCAGGCCGAGACGUUCCACUCCAACACCGACUCUAACGCCUGGUCCGGACACACCAAGGUUAUCAGACAAUGCUUCAGCUUUUUUUGGCCCUCCAUUUGAGGCAAACUUUGAAGCACCGAACUCAGAAGUGUUCAUAGCGGAGCCGGAGCUCUGGUGUCCAUCGACACCACACAACACCUCCCCAUUGAACAGACGCUUCCCCACAGGAGCUCCACCUCCUCUUCCUCCAAAGAACAUUCCUGCCACUCCACCCAGCUACAGAUCCAGCUCUCUGGAAUCAUCAGGUUAUUACAGUGUUGUUCCGAGUGUAAGAGGAGAAGGAUCAUCUUCUAUUUAUCGGGACGUUCUACUAUCAGACCCUACAGGGGGACCUGCUCUUCCUGACAUGGACAAUGUAUUUGUCCCAUCGGAUAACCCCAAAUCUGAAGCAGAGAUGUUGCAGUCCAACUGGGUCAGUUUCACCGAUGGGACAACCUCCAGGCCUCCACCACCUAAUGAGCCUGCCCCUUCCCCACCUCUCUCAUCCUCUUCUGAGGACACGCCCCCUACUUCACCUCCUGCCUUAUUCCCUCCUCCUCUCCACCCUAUCCCUCCACCUGAAUCUCCUCCUCCCCCACCCCCAGAUUCCUCCCCAGACUCCCUAUCUCCUGAUGAACUGCCUCAGCCUCAACAUUCCACAUCCCACCUUCAAGAAUCCGGCUUUUCCAUGACUACUCCUCUUAAUCUACCCAGCCCUGGCAUGCCCCCUCUGCCCGCUGUGCCACCUCCUCUGGGGCCGCGAGAUGACGCCAGAAGAACGCCAGACUCUUUUGGGCUAAGAGAGGAAAUCCUCUCACUUUCCACCUCACCCAAGGACAUUGGGAUGGGGGGUUUGCGUGGCACACCACCUCCACUGCCCCCUCUCACCUACAGGAGUGUGGUUGUCUCACCAGGGCCUUGUAGCCGGCCUUCAUCACCUGCUCGUCCUGGCACUCCUUUAUCAGCAGGUAGCCCAAUACCACCACUCCCACCCCGGCCAUCCUCGCGGCCCAAACUUCCCCCUGGCAAACCAAACAUGGCAGACUUGGCUUGGCCCUUCAGCGCUCCAGUCCACUCAUGGAGUCCUCCUCCAUUCGCUCCCCUGGCCCGAGCAGAAAGCAGCUCCUCCAUUUCUUCCAUCACUUCUCUCAGUGCGGCGUCCACGCCAACGCUUGGCAGAGAGUUCAACCUUUCUGUUUCAGGUGAGCUGCUAAAGAUCUGCACCAAGAGGCUUCCAGUUUGGUGUAUCUGCUGUUAUCUCUUUGAUUUAGCCUGUUCCCGAGGACCAAGUCCACUUACCAUGGGUCCCCAGGACACUCUACCGGUGGCAGCAGCCUUCACAGAGACCAUCAGCGCCUACUUCAAAGGAGCCGACCCCAGCAAGUGUGUGGUGAAGAUAACUGGAGAGAUGGUUCUGUCCUUCCCAGCAGGCAUCACAAGACAUUUCUCAAACCAGCCAAGUCCUCCAGUACUGACCUUCACCGUCAACCAUUAUGGCCGUCUGGAGCAGGUCCUCCCCAACCCUCAGCUCCUCUGCUGUGACCCGAUGCCUGCCGUCUCCGACUGUAAAGAGUUUCGGGUGAACAUGCCCAACCUGAUGGUACAUCUCAAGAAGGUGGCAGACCAGCGGCCUCAGGCUACCUACUACAACGUGGACAUGCUGAAGUACCAGGUGUCGGCGCGGGGCAUCCAGUCAACUCCAUUGAACCUGGCGCUAAGCUGGCGCGGCGAUGCUAACAGCACAGACCUCAGGAUAGACUACAAAUACAAUGCAGAGGCCAUACACAACCCCACACCCCUCACCAACAUCCACUUCCUGGUGCCAGUGGAUGGCGGUGUUACCAAACUGCAGGCCAUGCUACCUCCAGCCACAUGGAACCCAGAAACACAGAAGAUACUGUGGAAGAUCUCUGAACUCUCACAGAAAUCAGAAAACGGAGGAGUGGGGGCGCUGUUGUGUCGCUUCCAGCUGGCCGAAGGUCCGAGCAAACCAUCCCAACUGGCCGUGCAGUUCACUAGUGAGGGGAGCACGCUGUCCGGCUGUGACUUCCAGCUGCUGGGAAGCGGAUACAGACUGUCCCUGGUUAAGAAGCGCUUCUCGACAGGCAAAUAUUUGGCAGAUAACUGAUGCCAGUUAACGACGACGACUCGUGGAACAGAUGGAGUGAUGACGCCUUCGAACUCACCACUGAAGAGACUUAAUGUUUUUAACUUUCAGAGGAAUUCCUUAACUUGGAAUUUCACAACCAGUGUCUUUCUGACAUAGAAAAUUGUGUGUGUGUGUGUGUGUGCGUGUAUAUAAGUAUAAAGGCAAUUUCAGGACAAAUGCAAUACAGCAACAUUGUUUGCUGGGCUUAUGCACGAAGGCAGAGUUUCCUCCUAGAGCUUGGUAAUAUGUGUGUUUCUUUGUGUGUGAGAGAGAUUUUUUAUCCCUGGCAUGUGCCGAUAAUCAGGUAUUUAAAAUAUUCCGAUAUUCACCAUGAACAAUUCUUAGCAGGGGCACUUUUUUUUUAUUUCAAGUCACGAUAAUUCUGUUCAUCAGAUAAAACUUUCUGAAAAUCUGACUGAAAAAUUUAAAGAUGUAUUUUUAUUUGUGAUUCAUGAGGUAAAAUUAGCUAGCGAAUGUAAAUGUACCUGAAAGUUACUGUCUAAUUUGCUAGCUAGCAUUAGAUUGCUUUGUUUAGCUAUAGCUACCUAUGAAACAUAGGGAUAAAAGAUUCGCAGUCAUUCCUAGGGUGAACUUUAGCAUGAAAUUUACCUAAUGACAGGCUAGCUAGCAUUAGGUAACUAGCUAGUUAACUAAUAUGACAAGUUAUACCCAAUAACGGACUCUUUGGGGAAGGCUAGCUAUUUGUUUUGUAAACUAAUUAGC